UAAAACUGCAAAAAGCGACCGUACGUGGAAUUGGUUCACCAGGGGAUGCAGACCAGACGUUUUGUAAAACACUAAAGAGAGCCACAAGGAGAAGUAUUGGUAAUCAUGACUGGCAAAGGAGAAAGCAACGUUAAAAUGACAAUGCGUUGUUAUAAGAUAUUGCUGAUUGCCAUUCUUCCUUUUUUCUCCAUAUCUAUUGUACUUUUCAGUGAAGAAAAAUCCUAUUUAUAUCGGGCAACAUUAAGGUUAUCCCAGGUGUUUAAGCAGGAUUCACAUAGAACACCUGGCAAUUCCUAUACUGUCCAGCAGUGGCAAACAGUUGAACCGUAUAAUAUAUCCCAGUUCUACAAGGUUUGGAGGGAAUAUCCUACAUUGAAAUCCAACGACAGCCUUCAGAUAAAGAAGAUUGUUCUUUGGACAGGUAUUUUCGGUAAAAACUUGUCAGAGAGAAUGUCGUGUAAACCAAUGAAAACAUGCAUAUUUACAGGGGACCGUACUCAGGUGAAUGACGCUGAUGCUGUCGUGUUUCAUUUUUGGGACACGCCGAUGGUGUAUAAUGAAUCUUUUAUGCCGAGUGUACGACACCCUCACCAAUACUGGGUAUGGUAUGCAAAGGAAUGUCCAGAGAACAACAGAUACGUGGACCUUAGCUCUUACAGCGGUGUUUACAACUGGACAAUGACAUACAGGAAUGAUUCUGACGUCAAAAGUCCAUUGGGAUCUCUAUAUCAAGUGUAUAAGAAUCUUCAGAAAGGUAAAUUAAUUUCAAACUCUACAAAAAAAACACACGUAGUAGCUUGGUUUGUAAGCAAAUGUUACAAAUAUUUCCCACGACAUAUUUACGCUAUUGAACUCGCAAAAUACCUUCCGAUAGACGUAUACGGUAAGUGUGGAAAGAAUGCCUGUGAGUACUUAGACAUGAAGUGCCGGUUUAAGUUAAUCAGACAGUACAAAUUCUACUUAGCCUUCGAAAGUUACAGGUGUAAAGAAUAUAUUACCGAAAAGUUUUGGCAUAAUGCAUUGGAUCAAGGAGUUGUGCCGAUUGUAUUAGGACCGCCCAAGGGUGACUAUGAAAAGUUUGCUCCUCCGAAUAGUUUUAUUCAUGUAGAUGACUUUGAAUCACCUAAGGCGUUAGCUCGCUACAUAAAAACUCUUAACGAGGACGAUGCUAAAUACAAUCAGUACUUUAAAUGGAGAACAACCCCUCCUAAAAGCUUUCCAAAAGUUAUAAAUACUGGUUGCGAACUUUGCGCUAAGCUACAUGAGGACCAUCAUUCAAAGAGAAAGGUUUACACAGAUCUUGAAAAAUGGUGGAAAGGUAAGAACUACGAGUUUUGUAAGUCCCUUGUGCUAACAGAUAAUAUAUGGGACAAACAUGACCUUGUGUAUUACGGAUAAUAAUUAAUGAUAAUGGUAUAUUCAGGACUUUUGGAACAGAAUAGCAGGGCGCUGGGAAUUUGGUGCUUAAUUACUGAAUGAUAUUCACACAAUUUUGUUUA